AUUUGUUUGAUGGCAACCAGAAAGAAGGUCCUUUUAAAAGUCAUUAUCUUAGGAGAUAGUGGGGUGGGCAAGACGUCGUUGAUGAACCAAUAUGUGCAGAAAAAGUUUAGUAACCAAUAUAAAGCAACUAUUGGGGCAGACUUUCUGACAAAAGAAGUUGUUGUCGAUGACAGACUGGUGACUAUGCAGAUUUGGGACACAGCUGGACAGGAAAGAUUUCAGAGUUUAGGUGUAGCAUUCUAUAGAGGGGCCGACUGUUGCGUACUGGUGUUUGAUGUAACGCAGCCAAAUACAUUCAAGACACUGGAUAGCUGGAGGGACGAGUUUUUAAUACAAGCAUCACCACGAGAUCCUGACAACUUCCCCUUCGUAGUACUUGGCAACAAAGUGGACCUCGAGAAUAGGGCGGUCUCCCAAAAGUGGGCCCAGCAGUGGUGCCAGGGCAAGAACAACAUUCCUUAUUUCGAAACUUCCGCCAAAGAAGCGAUCAAUGUUGAGCAAGCAUUCUACACGAUCGCCCAGAACGCCCUUCAACAGGAAACGGACGCCGACCUCUACACGGAGUUUCCCGAAACGAUAAAAAUACCUCCUGGUGGCCAGUCGGGACAAAAGAGCGAUUGUGGAUGUUAGAGAGUGUCCGGUACCACUUGCCAUGGAAAUGGAGCACGUUACCCUGAAGAUGGUGCCCGUUGCCAUGGAAACUGUACAUCAUGACAGGAACUCGGAGCCUAGUUGACCAGUUAAAUGGUGGAAUACUGGCCACCUCCCCUCGGUGAUCACCACGGCUACCAUGGAUAGUGUUGUCAUGAUAUUGACAACAUCUUAGUGCGGUUUUGUUUUAUUUUAAACUGGGCUAAUAUCUAUCCAAAGAGGCCCAAAUGUGUAAAAUAUAAAAUUGACUCUUUAUAAAUUGAUUUGUCUUUUUAAUUCAGAGAAUUGUGGGCAAGAUGUAAGAAUUUGUUUCCUUGCGCGGCAGCUAAAUACAGUGAGUUGUGACACGCAGUAAGGGUUACCAUGGAUAAUAUCUUCUUGUACCCUCAGUUAAAAUAGUAUUGAGGCUGGGGGACUUCCCCCGUAUGAUAGUGCUACUUUUGUUGAGUAAUCUAAAAUGGGAACUUUUUAAUGAUAUUCGCAUGCCUCAGUUACCACAGUUGCCAUGGUAACCAGUUGAGUUGGAACUUUAUAUGCGCAUGUCUCAUUUUAAAUAAAACUGGGAUCAGUAGAUUAUUAUUGUAACGUAAGUUUUAUUUUCAUCAAAAUUAUUGUUAGGUUUCCCAUAGUUAGUGCAGGAUAACUUUUUCUUUAAGCUGAUAUCAGCUGGUGGCAAACUUGUUGGCCCGGCCAUGGAUAAACUGAGAUUAAAACGGACAUUCGACAAUAGAGAGUUAGAACUUGAGUUAGAACUUGAUCCUUCAUUAUUCCGAAUCAUUCGAUAUGAGAAAAGAAAUUGGAUAAACUCAAAGUUUCGAGAUUUGAAAGAUAUUGAACGUUGUACAAGUAUUUCGUGACAUUUUCAUGGAAAUUACAUCAAAUUCAUUUUCCAUGUUAGUGGUUUUGCCGUUCAGACUGAAAAUCAUUAUCCUGCACAGCUUCACUAGGGAAAUGUUUUAGUUGAUCAAGCUUGAAAACUGUCACAUGGUACAUAUUUAAAUGGGACUACCUAGAUAUGCGACCUUGACAACGCCUGCACACCGUAACCAUGGAGACACUAUUUUAGUAAUGAUUUUAGAGGCUACAUCUUAUGGAUGAGUUGUUUGUUUUGUUAUAUUGAUUUGUGUGAAAAUAUUACCAGUAAAUACGUUUUGAUUUACUAAACCGGUA